UUUAUGACGAAAGAUGACAGAAGAAGGCACCGUUGGUGAACGGGAAAAGAAGAUGGAUCUAGUUCAAAGGCCAUGCAGUGUUGAUGACUCCUUUGAAUUCAUAGACUUCCCAGAAACAGAGAACAAAACCAAAGACCCCACCCAGGGGCCCCAACCUGAAAACUGUGUCAACUGUGCCACGUCAAACCUAAGCUCCGUUAAUAUCUCUAGUCAAAAAACCACAAACAGUAUCUCAAAAGAAAGUUGUGAAAAAUGUGAACAUUCUAGUCAACCGAGUAAUGUGCCAACAUCAAAGAAGUCUGAAAUAUCAAAGCAAGACAGUGCAUCAUCUUCUUCAUGUUCUUGUAACCAAUCAUCUUGCUCAUGCCAAAACCAUAAUUCAAAAAACCAAUCACCUUCCUCGUCACAAGAAAGUGAGAACGAAGGGGACCAAUCAGAAUGCUUGUGUUCAGACAAUGAAACCAGAGGGAGGCUAGGUUCCUAUACUGCCAAAAAACCACAUUUUCUCAGAGUGAACUCUAAAGCCAUCCCCUUUGAUGAUAACGAGUCACUCCCAACUCCAGUCAAGAGAAGAGGUGAUCCGUUAUCUCGCGAGAUAUUUGAGAAACUCUUUGACCAAGACGGUAGACUCGUAGACGAACAUGCUUUCAGGAAAUGCAUAUUCAUGGGUGGAGUGGAACCAGACCUCCGGAAAAAAGCCUGGCAGUUUCUCUUUGGUCUCUACCCCUGUACUUCUACAUCAAGGGAGCGUGAAGAAUUACUUUUAGACUACAUCAUGAAGUAUCAUGAAAUGAAGUCGCGCUGGAAGACCAUGUUGGUUCUGAAUGCCCACCCUGGGGCUACACUGUUACAACAGGGGCUGGUGGCCAGGUACCAAAUCGAGGAUCAGAAUAACACGAUUAGGAGCCCUGACCAUAGCCCUGGGGAUCAUAUCUCAGAGUUUGAGAUGAUGGAGAAGAUGUUAAUGGACGGGAAAUUUAAGGCAGAGAAACCCGACUUCAAGGUCCUGUCCAGAAAUUUCGACAUUGACGUGUCGUCUCCCGAGAUGCAACAGAAAAUCGACUUUAUGAAAAUUCAGGCUCAGGUAUAUGUGAAUAGACAGAAGAUAAGUGUGAAGAAUUUGUUGGACCAUCUCCGUGUUAUUGACAAAGACGUCCCACGGACCGAUAGAGACUUAGAAUACUUCAAAGGAACAAUGAAUCCAAACUUGACAGUAUUACGCAAUAUCCUAUUGACCUUUGUGGCCUUCCAUCCACAAAUCGGGUACGCUCAGGGGAUGAACGAUAUUCUGGCUCAGUUUCUGGUCGUCUUUGACUCCGAGGUGGAGGCCUAUUGGUGCUUUACAAAUUACCUACAGAAAAUUCAGCAUGAGUUUACAGAAGAAGGAAUGGUCAGCAAAAUAGAGUUGGUUGUAUUACUGCUACAGGAGAUGGAUCCUGCUUUAUUAGAGCAUCUGAAGGCUAAUGAUCUUGGGGACCUGCUCUUCUGCCACAGAUGGCUGUUGCUGGGGUUUAAGCGCGAGUUCAGCUUUAUGGAGUCCCUGAGAUGUUUUGAGAUACUGAGCAGCCAUCAUCUGGAGCUCACAUCAAUGGAGGCAGAGAAAACUCGAAGACUGGAACUCAAGAGAGAAUUUGAAAGUCAAGGUGGUGUGUCCAGAUCUUCACUUCCAUCUGAUGUAGAGUUUCAGUACACCUUUGACCUCUUCAUGUGUGUCGCCUUACUCCAGGAAUGUAGGCCAGAACUAAUGGAGUGUACAGACACGGCCGCUGUGUAUUCUGUAAUAAACAGUUUGAAGAUAAACCUGGAUGAGAUCCUACUUAAGUCGGCAGAGCUGUUCUAUAUGUACUGUAAGAAGAGUGUGGAGGAGAGCUUUCUGAUGGUGGACUCUCCUUCAGGCAGCCGGACCCCCACAAUAAAACGGAGGGCCAGGUCAGAUAGCUAGGGGGGCAAGGCAGGUCAGAUAGUAAGGGGAGAAAAGGCAGGGGGCCAGGGCGAUCAGAGGGUGAGGGCAGAACAUGGGGCCAGGACCAGGAUGCACAAGAACCAGCAGAGAAGAAGAACAAAACAUAAUUAUAUACUGUUUUCUGUUUCUUUUUUAAGAACCAGAGCAGAAAAGAAGGACAAGACCUACUUCUGUUUUGAAGUUUUCUACUUUAAGAUGAUAAUAACUUAAUGGUAGAAAUUUGAGUGACUUGAACCUUUUAUCAUUGUAAGGUUUCAAAACGUUCUACUUUGAUUUCACUGGUGCAUCUUGCUUAUUGCCAAAACUUAUUUAUUUAGUUAGAUGGCAUCUUGCUACGUA